CGGUGUAUCAUGGCGACCUACGUGGAUAUUCUAAACAGCGAGUUUCCUGAAAUCGACACAGAAGUCUUCGAUUAUAUCACCGGGGUGCUGGAUAGUGGUGGCUCAGAUUUUGAAGAUGGAGAGGAGGUGUUUGAUGCCAUUGGAGGGGUUCUUCAGGAAGUUUCGGCCGACUACAAGAAUGAAGAUGACAUCCGUGGAAUUUGUCUCCAGCUGUUUGAUACUCUUAAGCUGAACAAUUGCCAUUCAGAUCAGAAGCAGGUCCUAUUGAAUGCUCCUGUGCAGUUGUCUCAAAUCUCUGGAGAGAAUGACUCUGCCAUUAACGACAUGCAAGGGAUUUGGAUGAUGAAACGUAGUCAGAACACGACAGUGGAUGCAAAAAAACUGGAGAAGGCUGAGGCCAGGCUGAGGGCAAAGCAUGAGAGGAGGAGUGAAAGAGACUCACAAAAAACUUCCACUCCUUUGGUUUUGGAAGAGGCAUCUGCUAGUCAAGCUAGCAGUAAGAAAGACAAUCGUGUGGACAUGUCUGGGAAAAAUCGUAGCUAUGAUAUUCGCAUUGAGAACUUUGAUGUAUCCUUUGGGGAACGGUCUCUGUUACAGGGAGCAGAACUGUCCUUAGCCAGUGGCCGACGUUAUGGACUGGUGGGCCGUAAUGGGCUUGGUAAGACCACGCUGCUGAAGAUGCUCGCAAGUCGUAGCCUGCGUGUACCUCCUCACAUCUCUAUCUUACACGUGGAGCAGGAGGUAGCAGGAGAUGACACACCAGCACUGCAGAGUGUUUUGGAGAGUGACAACAUCAGAGAAGAGUUGCUGAAGGAGGAGUGCCUGCUAAAUUCUCGCGUUGCAAACGGAACGGCAGAUGGUCAGGAGAGCAUUCGUCUGUCAGAAAUUUAUGCUAAGUUGGAGGACAUUGAAGCUGAUAAGGCACCUGCCAGAGCCUCUGUCAUUUUGGCAGGUCUAGGGUUUUCUCCUAAAAUGCAGAAGCAGACAACCAAGGAGUUUUCAGGUGGCUGGAGAAUGAGGUUAGCGUUGGCCAGAGCCCUGUUUGCCAAGCCUGACCUUUUAUUGCUUGAUGAGCCCACCAACAUGUUGGAUGUCAGAGCUAUUCUUUGGCUGGAGAACUACUUACAGACUUGGCAGUCCACCAUCCUGGUCGUUUCCCAUGACCGGAACUUCCUAAACGCCGUGGUGACCGAUAUCAUCCACCUGCACUCACAACGCUUGGAGAGUUAUCGAGGCAACUACGAGAACUUUGUCAAAACCAAAGAAGACCGACUAAAGAACCAACAAAGAGAAUAUGAAGCUCAGUUACAGUAUAGAGAACACAUACAGGUGUUUAUAGACAGGUUCAGGUACAAUGCCAACAGAGCUGCGCAGGUGCAGAGCAAACUGAAGCUUCUGGAGAAACUUCCUGAACUCAAACCGGUAGAAAAGGAAUCUGAGGUUAUUUUACGAUUUCCAGAUAAUUUCGAAAAGCUGUCUCCACCAAUCCUUCAGCUGGACGAGGUUGAGUUCUACUACAGUCCUGACCAUCCCCUCUUUACUGGGCUCUGUGUGUCUGCUGACCUGGAGUCUCGCAUCUGCAUUGUGGGGGAGAAUGGAGCAGGAAAGUCCACAGUAUUGAAGCUUCUGAUGGGGGAACUGACACCGGUCACUGGCAUUAGGCAUGCCCACAGAAAUCUGAAGAUUGGCUAUUUCAGUCAGCAUCAUGUGGAUCAACUGGAUCUCAAUGUCUCUUCAGUAGAACUGCUGCUCAAUAAAUUCCCAGGUCGUUCUGAGGAAGAAUACAGGCAUCAGCUGGGCUCUUAUGGCAUUUCUGGAGAAUUGGCAACACGGCCAGUAGCUAGUUUGUCAGGAGGACAGAAGAGUCGUGUGGCUUUUGCUCAGAUGACCAUGCCAUGCCCAAACUUCUACAUACUUGACGAGCCGACUAACCACCUGGAUAUGGAAACAAUUGAAGCGCUGGCAAAAGCACUAAAUAAAUUUAAAGGUGGUGUCGUGCUGGUGUCUCAUGAUGAGCGACUCAUUCGGCAAGUAUGUAAGGAACUCUGGGUAUGUGAGGGAGGAAAAGUCCAUCGAGUAGACGGUGGCUUUGAUGAAUAUAAGGACAUCUUGCACGAGCAGUUUCGAAAGGAGGGAUAUCUGUGAAUCCAUAAUGUCAGUCCCAGAUUUAUGUUAACCACAUGACCUGCAAAACUGACCUGACUGACAUGCCCAAAAAUGCCAAUAUACUGUAAACCUCAGAAUCAUGGGUUCCUGUGCCCAACUGCCAGUUUGAACCUUAUGACUGAAACUAAACUGCUACCAUCCUGCUUAUUCUGUAUUGACAUACUGCAAAACUUCCAUGGACUUGUUUUUAUUUUCUUGCUUACCUUAAAAUCAAAAUGGGUCAGCCCACUCUGGUUCAUGUUGCACUAUCUAUAUAAACUGAAUGGCGGGUGACGGGAAUAUUUAGAGCUAUAUAUAUUGUGUCCCUCAUUGCUGUUGUAAUACAUAACUAAAAAAAAAAAACAAACAAACAAAAAACACCUAAU